AUGGCACCAGAUGGACAAAUAUGCAAAUGCGCGAAACAAACACCGACUCAAAUGGCUGUCAGAAAACAAACAGACGGCACCAGAUGGGGAAAUAUGCAAAUGCGCGAAACAAACAUCGAACCAAAGGGCUGUCAGAAAACACCAGAUGGCACCCAAGGGAUGGAUUAUGCAAAUGAGCGGAAAACAAACAAUCGUUGGAGGAAAGAUGGCAAUUAAUAUCAUGCCACCAAAAGAUGAGGGAAAUCGGAUAGGAAAUUGGACCGAAAAGAAGAACAGACUACAGGAAGACAACUGCAAAUAACCAUUGCAAUCGUCGAAAAUCGACGAGAAAUGAGCCGAGUUCAACGGAACGAACCAGUCAAAUAUGGGACGACACAGUACCAUAGUUCCGAAGAAAACCAGAUUGGGAGAGAGGAUUAUUCUUCAACGCCAUCCGCUUAUAAUGUUCCCGCGGAUGGACCCAAAUCGGACAACACGUGAAAGGAGAGAUCGCAGGCGACACUGACUACGUCAAACUUGCGAAAUCAACUUGGUCGACAAAAGAGGACUACCAGGCCAACACUCAACGAGUGGGUAGGAAUCAAGAAAACCCCGAACCGGAAACAUGCUCCUCGUCCAUUGGUUGCGUAGGAACCACGCCACCCUGGACAUGCUUUGCGAUUCAGAAGGAAGAGGGCCUCAAACCCUUCUACAUUCCCGAGGAAUCUCAAACACCCUGUAGCUGAAGAAGAAGAAGACAAUAGUAACCUAUCCAAACCGUUUAAAAAUCCUAACUAAAACUGAGUCACAUCUAGAAAAACCUAACUCUUAUCUGAAACUAGAAAAAUACCGCUGCACCUGAACCACCUCUUUAUUUUCGUCGAUCGUUAUUAUUGCCGAUUUCCUGCUGAAUUGACAAUUUCUUUUUGCCAGAACAAACUCGGAAGAAGAACAAGUCGCGUCCACAGCUGACAAAUCCAAAACAGAAAUCGACAACAUCAGAACGACCUAUCCUUGAAAAUUGAACUCCGGGAAUCAAGGACCGAUCGUCAAAAGAAACAUCGGAGAGGAGGAAGAGAAGAGAGAAGAAGAUUGAAAUUCACUACGCCGAAGAUCAGCGUAGAAGAAGACAGAAACUCAAUUCGCCGAAGAUCAGCGUAGAAGAGUAUCAAGUCCCACUCAACACAGAAGAUCAGUGUUGGGAAAACUCAAAACCGAAUAGCUGGACAUCGAAGAUCAGUGUCUAGCGAAGAAAUCAAUCAAGACCGAAACAAGUGGUAGAAUAUCAAAAAUCGACAAGUUCAGAGACAUCAACGCCGAAGAUCAGCGUUGGAAAAGCAAGGUCGGAAAGCCACCGAAGAUCAGUGGUUUAGCCGUGUCGAAGAAGAUCUUUCAAAAGUCGGAUAUAUCGGGAGACACCGAAGUUCAGUGUCAAGUUUGGUCAAGAAACCAGCGCCGAAGAUCAGUGCUGAAAGAAACCAAACACACCCGGAAAAGGUCGAUAUCCACACCAGUCGAUAAAUCCGAUCAGUUGUAGAAGAUUCGAAAACUCCACCAACAGUCAAGAACAUCGUCCCACCAAGGAAAAUGACUACUCCUGAAGGAAAAAAAGAGGAGGAAAAGAUGAACACCGUGCCAGAAACUUAUAAAAUAGCUGGACUAAUCAUUGCUGCGACCAGAAAGUUCUCGAAAGGGAAUCAAAUCGAACUUCGUCGAUGGAUCGAACACUUUGAACAAAACUGUUACGCCGUUGGCGGCGACAAUCAGACCGCCACUGAUUUGCUCCCACUAUUACUUGAAGACACCGCAAGGAUCAAGUAUGAUUUUAUUCCGGAUGGGAAAAAGAAAGAUUGGAAAACAGUAACCAAAACGCUUCUCGCCGCUCAUGGAAAUUCCACGGACACAAUGGAUGCCCGAGAAACGCUGGAAAAUCUGCAACAAGGCAUUAUGAGCUGCGCCGAACUUGGAAGAACAGUCAAAGACCUAUGCGACAUAAUAUUAAACGGAAUGCCAGCAAGUCGGAAAGAAGAAAUUACAGCCGAUACAUUCCUGGCAAAAACAAGACCAAAUUUGCGAAAAUAUCUGCGAAGGCUUAAUCCGAAACCGAAAACACUGGAAGAGUCAAUCAAAGCCGCCGAAAGAGAGGAAAGAAUUUCUCAAAUGGAAAAUCGUGACGAAGAUGAAAGUCAUGAUACACUCAUGGCACAUAUCACCAGUGAAUUUGAAAAAUUGUCGAAAAACUUCCAACAACUCCACCAGAAUUCCAGUAAUAAAACACCCGAGCCAUCAACAUCAACAGAUGACGAGGACGAGGAAGAUGAAGACGACGAAGACGAAGAUUGCGAGGACUAUGAGGACGAGGAAGAUUACGAGGACUAUGAUGAAGAAGAAGAUUACGAGGACUAUGAUGAAGAAGAAGACGACGACGACUAUGAGGAAUACUGA